AUGCCAGCAAGACCACAAGUCCGGCUAGGGCAAUCAGCCCUGCCGCUACUGCCCCGGCCGACCGCCUCGCCGCUCAAUGCCUCGCCCUCGCCGCGCCACGCGCUCGCCGCCGCCGCCCGACCACAGCAGCAGCUCCAGCUUCGGCUCCAGCUCCAGCAGACCCGCGGCAUCAAGUCCAUCGUCGCGCACCCCUCGCCCACCGACCGCUUCAACCGCGGGCCCGGCAUGCGCGUGCUGGACGCCUCGUCGACGGCGGCGCUGGCCCGCAAGGAAUACACGACGCCGCUGCGGACGGGGGCGCUGGCGAUCAAGAAGGGCAUGACGGCGCUGUACGACCCGGCGACGGGCGUGCGCACGCCGUGCACGGUGCUGCAGCUCGACCGGUGCCAGGUGGUCGCGCACAAGACGCGCGCCGAGCACGGCUACUGGGCCGUCGCCAUGGGCGCCGGCUGGAAGCACCCCAGCAACGUGACCCGGCCGCUGCUGGGCCACUUCGCCGCCCAGGGCGUCAGCCCGAAGCGGUGGGUCAAGGAGUUUCGCGUCCGCGACGAGCGGGGCCUGCUGGGCGUCGGGGAGGUGGUCGGCGCCGACUGGUUCAAGGAAGGCCAGUUUGUGGAUACGCGCGCGGAUAGUAGGGGCAUGGGUUUUGCCGGUGGUAUGAAGCGCUGGGGGUUCAGCGGCCAGCCCGCCUCUCACGGUCAGUCGCUCACCCACCGUGUGAUGGGUUCGUCCGGUGCUUCGCAGGGCUCUGGUUCGAGAGUGUUGCCUGGCAAGCGCAUGCCUGGCCGUAUGGGUGGCCAUCAGGUCACCGUGCAAAACCUCAAGGUCUUGAAGGUUGACGCCGAGAAUGGCAUCGUUGUCGUCAAUGGCGCAGUUUCUGGUCCUAAGGGAUGCAUUGUCCAAAUCCAAGAUGCUAUCAAGAAGCCGUGGCCCGAUGUUCCUCUUGUUACUUCGAUAGAGGACAUGAAGCAACCUGCUGCGGCUAAGGCGGCAUAA